AAGUGUAUUUAAGUCCUCGAAAGUUGUUAGUCGUCGUCCAUUAGAGUUAUUGCCAGUGAGUUGUGGUCUUGUUUGUGAUAUUGAGUUUAUUAUAUUUAAUAACGAUAUUAUUUUAUUUAACUUAUUUAACGUUUAAAUACUAAUUUAACAAAAUGCCGAAAAGGAAGAAUCAAGCAUUAAUUGAUUCCGAUAGCAGUGGAAGUGGAUCAGAUGGUGGAUCUGAUUUGGACAACGAUUUUCUGUCUUUGGCUAAAAAGAAAAAGGAAAGGUCACAGAAUGAUGCCUCAUCAGACUCUGGCACCUCUGACUCUGAUGACGAGUGGAGUGCCAAGUCUAAUAAAACUAAAAAGAAAAUACCUACCAAAAGAAAUAAAAGAAAAAUUCACAAGCCAAAUUCUGAUGACAGUGGCAGUGAAGAAAAUUCUGGAAAAGCUUCUGAGCCUGAAGAAGGUGAAGUAUCUGAUUCGGAGCUCAGUGUCUCAGACGCAAGCGAGGAAGAAUUUAACGAUGGGUAUGACGAAAAUUUGAUGGGUGACGCUGAAGAUCAAGCAAGAUUGGCUCAGAUGACUGAGAUCGAGCGUGAGCAAGAAAUUUAUAAGCGUAUUGAAAAGCGCGAGCUUAUGAAAACGCGAUUUGACAUCGAAAAGAAAUUGAGAAUGGCCAAAAGACAGGAAGCGAAAAAGCAAAAAGAGAACAAGAAGAAGGAAAAGAGUGUUGAGGAGAAGAAAAUUGAACGAGCUCCUGAUCUCAAAGAAAGAAGUAAAGACCGUAAAAAGACAAUUGAGGAAAAACAGGACAAGAAAUUCCAGGCAAUGACGCUCUUGAAAGCUCGUCGUGAGGAAAAGAAAGAACGUGAGGAGAAAGAGAAGCUGAGGAUUGAACAAGAACAGCAGCAACAACAGUCAAAAGACGACGAGGAGGAGCUCGAAGACGAUCACAAGGGCAAUAAAACUAAAUUAAAAACUUCGGAUGUUUAUUCUGACGACAGCGGUUCUUCGGACAGUGCUGAAGAAGAAGAGACAGCCAAGGUUUCUUCUCGACGUUCUUCAUCGAGUGGGGAUGAUCGAGAUUCUGACUCGGAUGACAAAAAAUCAGUUACUAGCAACAAAGCUGUCAAACCGAAGAAGCCUUUGUACGUCGGACAUAGAGACGAUCUUAAUAAAGUGAGAUUGUCUCGGCACAAAAUGGAGCGUUUUGUUCAUUUGCCAUUUUUUGAUCGUGUUGUACGUGGCUGUUUUGUCAGAGUUGGUAUUGGUAACAAUAACGGCAAGCCUGUUUACCGAGUCGCUGAAAUCAGCGGUGUCUGUGAGACCGGUAAAAUUUACCAGCUUGGAGGUACUAGAACAAACAAAGGAUUGAGAUUAAGACACGGAGCUCAAGAGCGUGUCUUCAGAUUGGAAUUUGUCUCAAAUCAAGAUUUCACUGACUCUGAAUUCUGCAAGUGGAAAGAGACUUGCGCUCUUCAGGGAAUUUCUAUGCCGACUUUUGAGGAAGUUGAGGGAAAGCUUAAGGAUAUUAAAGAAGCAAUGGUCUAUGAGUUUAAGGAUGAGGAUGUUGAAAAAAUAGUUCGGGAGAAAGAAAGGUUUAAACAGACUCCUUAUAAUUAUGCCUUUAAAAAGGCACAACUGUUGCGUGAAAGAGAUGUUGCCAAUGGUCGUGGUGAUGAUGAGACUGCCACUCGUUUGAAUCAACAACUUGGAGAACUUGAAGAGCGCGCUUCGGAGUUGGACAAAAUGCGGACUGCUACGAUUUCAAGUAUUUCUUAUAUUAACGAUCGUAAUAGAAAGAAGAAUGUUGAGGAAGCUGAAAAAGCUAUUAUGGAAGAAGUUAGAGCUAACAAAGGCAAGAAAAAAGAAGACCCGUUCACUAGGCGUAGUACUAAGCCAAAGAUGAAGUUCGUAGCAGAUUCAGAUAAAGAUUCUGAUGAAGCUGCUAAAGAAAGUGAUGAGGUUGCUGAAAAUGCUAAAAAUAUUAAUGAUAAGGAGAAUGGUCCAGAGCCGAAGAAGAAACAGAGUAGUGAAGACUUGUUUAAUGCUCAUGAUUUUGAUAUUACAAUAGAUUUGGAAGUACCUAUUCCAAGUAAUCCCGUUAGUGUGUUACCUAAGCCAGUAAGUAACAUUAAAGACACUGGUCCAAGACGAUCACUGAAUCUCGAAGACUACAAGAAGAAACGGGGUCUCAUCUAACACUCUACUUUUUACAAUAUGAUUAUAAAUAAAAAUAAUGGAUCAUUGAGCGACAGAAGAAUAAUUAAAUUAGUUUAUAUUUAUUAAAAGAGUUAUAUGGCGCAAUUAUUUUGUUGAUACACCGCGUCAGGUGGAAUAAAUAAGCAUAUACAUAAUAUUUGAGGUAUAUUUAAUAGCACGUAUUGAUAGUAAACAUUGCGACUCUGGAUUUAUUCACUCAACUUAUGUUGUCAAGGUGAAUAGAAUAUUUAUAAACUAAUAUUUAUGAAACUCAAUUAGAUCCGACUCUAAGAAAGCUAAUAAACAAUUUCUAUGGAAUUGUGUCCAUUACUACUGUAAAUAGAUUAAUAAUUAAUAGCCUUUAAGAUUUUGUUUUAUAUUAUUAUUACUAUUAUAAUUAUUCCUAUUAUUAUUUUUAAUUGUUAAUUAGGUAGACAUUGCGCUCAAUUUAUUAACACAUUUUUUAAAAAUGAAUGAGUAAAGACACUUGACUGAUCCAAUUUAAAUUGUAGAAAUUUAUCUACUCAUAGAUAUCAAAGACUUCAUUUUUUAUUUUAUAAUUAUUUUAUUAGAAAAAAUUUUAUGUAAGUUUAGUUUUUUUUUUUUUUUUUUUUUUUUGUUACGUAUCAUGUCGCGUUAUUUGAAAAAUUUUAAAAAUAGUGUGAAUAAAGUGUUAGAUACAGCGUUUAUUUUUACAGGAACAGUAUUAAAGUAAAAAAAAAAAAAAUUGCAACUGUAUAAUAAUUUAUAA